AUGUCUUCCAGUCUUACGAAGCCUACCAGGAAUAGUCUAGUGCAAAAAUUAACAGGAACAACUUGGGGAGCCUCUGCCUCCUGUCUCCGAACCACAGCGCUGGCCCUGGUUUACUCGACGACCGAGUACUGCGCUCCAGUCUGGACGAAUAGUGUUCAUACCUCAGCCAUCGACACGCAGCUUAACCAGACUCUACGUUUAAUAACGGGAUGCCUUAAGCCAACACCCACCCACUGGCUUCCCGCUCUUAGCAACAUAGCCCCUGCGCACCUGCGAAGAGAAAAAUGCCUCCAACGCGAACUAGCGAAAGCGCACUGUAGUCCUGAGCUACCAAUCCACCAAGACCUCGAGGGCUUCGGAAGAAAACGUCUUAAAUCCCGAAACCCCCCUGCAUUACUGAUGGGAGAUUCCCUGACCACCCGUACCCUGGAGGAGGCAUGGACCGCAGAAUGGGAAGCCCUCAGAGACCAAGCCAACCCCUUCUCUGCUCUACCCCUGCGAGUACCCCCAGCAGGCUUUGAGGAACCCCGUCGGGUGUGGUCCGCUCUUAACCGCCUAAGAACAGGAGUUGGCAACUGCGGCCACCACUGGUACAAAUGGGGCUGGAGCUCCUCUUCUGCGUGUAGCUGCGGGCACCCGGAUCAGACCAUCAACCACAUCAUUCUGGAAUGCCCUCUUACUAAAUACACAGGCGAUGUGGACGAUUUUAAGAUCCUGUCAGAUGAAGCAGUCGCGUACCUGGGAAGGGCAAAAUUCUAA